UUUUAACAUUUAAUUUUAUUAUGGGAUAGCAAUGAAGUGGACAGUGUGUGCGCUGAUGUUAAUUGUCUGUGUCCUGGUCUGUCACAGGGCUGUCCACGGCUUCAGGUGUUACAGCUGCCAAGGUGGGCCGCUCACGAAUUGCGCCGAAGCUUCGGCAAUAGGGGUGUACGAAGAUUGCGCCGGUCGUAACGCCCAAUGUUACGAGGCUCUGGUGGCAUAUCAAAGGGGCGCCCUCACGUUGGUCCAAAGAAGAUGUUGGCAGCCACCGAAAGGCUCGAACGACACGAAUUUCUGUGAUUCCUUCGACAAUCCCGUCGGGGAGUUAGGAAAAUGCAUAACUUGCACCACCGAUCUAUGCAAUACUGACAAGAAAUUCUGGUUGUAGUCUGAUACCGUUCAUGUAUAAUAAAUCAAUCAGUUUGAUCACUUGAA